AUGGCGUUAUUCGGGGCUCAAAUGAGUAUUGGGUGUACCCUUUGUGAGAGGGGAAAUUCAUUGAAAUGGAAAUGUUUAACUUGCAAAGAGUUGUUGUGUGAUGACUGUAAUGUAUACCACAAGAAACUUCGAGCGACGAAAGACCAUGUAGUCAUACACAUUAAGGAACUAAAUGAGGACAAACUAUUUCAAGCUGAGGUGAUAACGUGUCGUGAUCAUGACGAUGCAUGUCGAUUAUUCUGCAUGGACUGUAAAUUUCCCAUAUGCACAACAAAAUGCAUCAAACUUCAUGAUGGACACCAUUUUGAAACGAUAGAGAAUCUGCGUCGUACUUUAGAGAAAAGCACAAAAAAACUUAUAGAUGAUAUUGAAAUUAAAACAAAAUCAUAUGCUACGCUUUGUGAAAUUGAAGAUUGCGAGGGGCAAAGAAUAAAAAAAGAACUAAGUGACCGGAAACAAUGCUUAACUUCAAUAAUCGAAAGUAAAUACGGUAAGCUUAAAACUGAUUUGUGCAAUAUCUAUCAAAACUCUAACAAACAACUGCAAUCAGUCAACGAUAACCAAUUAGCAAAAGAGCUUAGAGAAAAGCAAUCCUUGUUAGAGGAUGUUAUGAAAAUACACGACAUCGAGGAGCUCGUAAAGAAGUUCAACAUACUUAAAAAGGAAGUAGGCAGUUUAUCACAACAGAUUCCUGACUUAAAACGCAUGUACUUUCAACCAGGACAUCUCGAUAUACAUUUUGGUGCCCUAAAUAUCAAUUCAAAAUGUAUUCAAAUCAGAGAUAUUUCCUCUCUACACCAUAUAGAAAUCGUUCGGAAAAUUAAAACAGACCUUGAAGAUGUGGACAUGAUUUGCCUAAAUAGCAAUGAUACAACAUGGAUCGGCGGUCAAAAUGAUGCACGUGUCCAACUGAUACGAAAUUCAUCUGGAAGACUUAUAAAUCAAAUCAAAACUAACUUCAGCAAUGGCUGCGUUAUAUCAGAUAAACUCUACAUGUGUAGUUUAAACGAAAAAUCCAUCUCGAUAGUUUCACUUGAUGGGGCAGUUUUCCAAAUGAAAGACAUGCAACCCUUAUAUCCAUUGUGCAUUUAUGUAACAUGUAAUAAGGACAUAGUAAUAGGCGCAACAGACGAGCUUGAUAAUUACGAACUAAACAAAACUAGCAGAAGAGUUGUGAUGACUAUAAACGAGAAAGGAGAAGUUAAAAAGGAACUGACGGUAGAUGCAAAAGGUGACCAGUUGUUCGUAAAACCAUAUCGUUGCAUGGUCAAUGAACAAACAAAUGACCUUGUUGUAUUGGAUAGAACAAGUGGAGGGAGUGGAAGAAUCGUUGGUAUUUCAGUUGAUGACGAUGUGAAAUUUAGAUACUAUGGACGAUCGUCAGAUGAACUAACAUGCGAAUUUAACCCAACAGGAUUAGUAUUUGCUUAUAAUAAUAUCAUUGUAUGCGAUUAUUCGAAUCAUGCAUUAGAUAUCAUUGAUUCAGAAGGAAAGAUGUUGAAAUGUAUCAAUAUUGAGAUAAACGGGGUUUCAUCUUUAUGCGUUGAUUCUUUAGGACAACUUUGGAUUGGGAAUCGCUCCAAAAAAACCAAAGCCGAACUUUUUAUUACAACGCUGAAAUAA